AACCGUUUGGAAGCGCCCGGACACUCAGGCACCCUUGGUCCCUACUCGUAGCCCAAGGGGCCUACGAAGCUAUGUCUAGGCUCUAUCCGUUGUCAAUCUCAUGUCAAUCACAUCUCUCCGUUCACUUUUCCAGACUGAAGAUCCACGCAGGCGCUGACGUUUGAAUAGGUUUCGAGGCGCUGGUCGCACUCAAUAAAUGUCAUGAUACCCAUUGAAACCGUUGCGAGGCGAUCCGAGGCGAUAACCAUCCUAGCCGGUGGGGAGAUUCGUCGACCGACUAGAGGUUUACCAGCUAAUCACCCGCAACGAAUUAAAACUCAGUGGCGUUCAGAAUCCGUCCACACCACUGCUCCGCAACCGGAUCUGGGCCUCUAUCUCCCCUGAAUGGACUCUCCUCGUCAAUCGCAGAACAAACACAGAUACAAUGAUCCUAUCUCCGCCUCACAGCCAUGAAUUUCGUGCUCCUCGGCGCACCCUCCUCUCUUAUGCUAGAUCUGAACAGCCGUCCUCAUCUGCGAGAUGCAAUGGUUGAACUGGAAGGUCUCGGGCGCGGUGUCUCGGAGUAGGGAGUUCAAUACAGGCCACGAAGCCGUUCCACUCAUCGUGGUCGAACCACCCGAUGAUGACCUCGAGUCUGGAGAUAUUGCCAGUCCCAAGACCCUACCGCAUGCAAAUUCUUCAUUCUCUGAUACAUCCCAGUCGCAACUCUCGGCCCUUUUCAACACACUGGUACGGAUACUCAGUUAUGUGUGGAUUGCUUUGCGUCCCCGUAUUUUUUCCGGCCCCCAAGACAGACAGCUAGGGCCAACCGACUGGCUCAGCGGCGUGCGAGGGGUUGCCUCGCUAUUCGUCAUGUUCUCUCACAUUCGUGUCAAUCUCUUUGGUGAUGUUGGCCAUGGUUGGUCUUCAGAGCAUCCUCGCUUCUUGGAACUGCCCAUCAUUCGCCUGGCAUAUAGCGGCGGUGCCAUGGUCACCUUAUUCUUCAUCGUUAGCGGUUAUGCUUUGAGUUACAGAACUUUGUCCCUUAUGCGAGAAAGAACUCCCGACCACUUCAAGAUCUUCAAAUCACUUGCAUCCUCAGUCUUUCGAAGAGCGAUUCGUCUAUAUAUACCCGUCUUUGUCCUCGCUUUCAUUCAACUCUGGACCCUGUAUUUUCGACUUCAAGCUCCACCCCCUUCCGAACCUAGAGCGAGUACUGUGUUGAGCCUGCUUGGCUGGUGGAUUGAGGCUGUGGCAAAUGCCUUGAAUCCUUUCGAUCGCAACCUGCCCGCCGCUUUCAAUGCCCCAUUGGCCAAAAUCGAAAUGGUCUGGUGGACCAUCCCAACCGAAUAUCGUGGAUCUCUCGUGGUCUUCGUCGUGCUCUUGGUCCUCUCUCAAACUCGAAACCUGGUACGUUCGCUCGCCCUCGUGACGUACCUGCUGUGGGCUACCUAUAUCGGACAAUGGGAGAUCUUUCUAUUUACUGCCGGGAUCGUCUGCUGCGAUCUUCAUCUCUCACGCCAAAGCCGAGCGACCAAAGCAGCACUGACUUUGGGCGAUGAAACACCAGCUGCUACGCCUUCCAGGAAAGGGUGGAAAGUGGUCAUUAACUUGUGCCUAUCAUCUUUAGCUUUGGUGCCAACUUUGUACAUCCUAGGUGCCCCAGAAGGAUGGAUGGUGCCGGAUGAUUGGCCUGGAUAUGGAGAUGCCCCAUUCUAUCACACCCUCAGGAUCUGGACUCCUCAAUCUUGGAAGGGAAACACAGUAGCUGGGGAUUUCUGGAGAUGCCUGGCCGCAGUGGCAUUCAUCCUUCUGGUCGACAACACCAGGUUUCUCCGACGACUUUUUGAAUUUCCGCUGUCUCAGUAUUUGGCCGACAUCUCUUUCUCCUUAUAUUUAUUACAUCCGAUCACGCUCAAAUGUAUCGGGAACCGGAUGUUCUCUCACAUUGAUAGAUGGGUCGACGGUGUUAGCAAUUAUUGGCUCAAACAGUUCCUUCGGGUCGUUCUGGUGUCGAUACUCUUUGGCCCCAUUUUGUUUUGGGUCUCGGAACUGGGAGCAACAUAUCUAGACCAGAUGAGCGUCAAGUUUGCCAAGUGGGCAGAGAGCAAGUUCAGAUCGGGUCGAGAAACAGCAAUCGCCCUGCCAGAUACCGACAACGCUACAACCGACCAGUCUCGUUGGGUGAACACCAACGAAAAUGUCGAGGUUGUCCAGGUCAGGCAUGGUCAAGACAUCGGGGAUGCUGAUGGACACCAUCAACCCAGUCCAUCAAGUGAUGUUGGAACAAAUAGAUUGCAAUAAUGAGACAAGACUAGGAUAUUGCCAAUGAUGAUAUGAAACCAACACGUUCG